AUGGCGACGGAGCGCACAAAGACCCCGCCCACAGGCGCACAGGCUAGCGCGCAGGCUGCACAGUCGAAGGAACAGAGCCAGGCGCUACAGGAUAUGCAUACAGAGGUUCUGUCGAAGACCCAUGACCCGGGGAAGGAGGUCGAAUUCCUCGGAGAGCACCUUCCCCAGCCCCCUGAGGUGACAGUCACGAGCAAACCUGGGAUGACUAUCACUAAGACUGUUUACCCGCCAUUGCCCGAUGGCCGGUUCGGGAAGACGGUGAUCCACUUGCAAUCACACCCAGAGCAGGAAGGACACCACGGAGGGUAA